AUGCUGUCAAGUCGCCUCUGUAAAGCUGUUGCCAAUAUUUUUGAACUGCUGGACAAUGAGGAGGACAUCUCCCUCAGUCUUCUUCCUCAAAAGAUCUCUUGUCAAGGUUGUGCCUACCUCUUUUCAAAUGUGAAAAAGCUUCAAACCUUGAGAAUAAAUGAAAUGGCAAUGGCAAAGCUGUCAAGACUGGUUAUAUCAGAUAAAGAAAUAAAUGCUGUAACUGUGGAAGAGUUGUCUUUGGUUUUGUCUAACCCUCAUCUACCAGAGAGAGCACUUUGCCAGCUAUUAAGUAACCUAACUUCUCUUCUUAGAGUCUGGACAGUCCACAACUUGAACCUUUCUGAAUUUAAAAUUGAGCCUCACUGGUUUAUUUGUCUGCUGUGUCAUCAGGGUCCCUUGUCCAUUAAAUUUCAUGAAGGCACUCUGCAACGACUGGCAGAAAUUGUGUAUGAUGCUCAAGAUGACAAUUUGACCCAAAUGUUCCUGGAGAAAAUUGAUGGUGAUCUGUCACCUUGUAAUUUGUCCUGGGAAGUUUUAUCUUACCUAAUUCAGGGCACCAAAAAGCAAGUGACACUAGACCUUGCAGAGGGUAGAUUUAAUGUUCUGAAAGUUCCGAGCCUUCUGGCUGUACUGGACAAAGUUUGCUUUAAAAGGAUAAGCCCACGGUUUGUCAGGGCUGCACUGAAAGAGAUAUACCAAAAACGUGCAGGUCAUCUGAUUGUGAAAUUAAUCAAAUCUUCAGCUAACCUGAUUAACCUUUGCAUGAGAGAGCUGGAUUCAACUGACUGCAAAGCCCUCUGUUUUGCCCUGCACUAUAGUGAUGGUGUUAAGCUCAACCUAUUGAACGCUGUCAUACCAAAUAAUGAGACUGGCAGCAUUGUCAAACUUCUGCACAGAGUUUCUGAUCUGAGAGUUGAUAGAAAGCUGUUAUUGAGCUUUCUUCAUGCCUCUAAGGACUUGGAAAAACAAGGAUAUACAGUGUCUUCCCUCUUGACUGCACUGAACCAAAAACUGGACUUCUCCUGCAAUUCUUCCCUCGGCAGUGGCCGUUUUGGUCAAGAGAAUGGGGAUCUUCUAACUAUGAGUCGUAUGGAUUUUACAGCCAUUUCUUCUGCCAUUAAAACAUCAACAUGUGACACAGAAUUAAUUUUAUACGACUGCCAAGCAGAUGAUUCUGCACUUGAGAUUCUGUUUCCUAUACUGCACAAAGUGCAUCUUUGCUUGGGCAAAAGCCUUCUUUGUCAGGUUUUAACCUUGAUUUUUAAUGCACCCAUGGCUAUGUCUUUGCAAUGGGCAUCAACACUUUCCAAAGCUCUUGGAAAAGAGCUGGACCUCAGUGACACUCCUCUUGACUACCGUACAUGUGAGUCUCUGCAGUUGGUCUUGGAUUACAAAGAGGAGCUUACACAUCUUAAUCUCAGCUAUUGUCAGAUCACAGAUGCGUGCUUGGAUCUUUUACUCCCUCACCUUCACAAAAUGAUGAUUUUAGAUCUAACUGGAAAUGACAUAACUGACAAAGGUGUGCUGAGACUGCACCAAGCCUUAGAAGAAAACAGUUUCACAAAGACCAUAUGCCUUUGUGACAAUCAAAUAACAGAGAUGGGCCUCCUGGUGGAAGAAGCACGCUUUGAAACCCAACAGACUGAUACAAGAAGAUGCGUCCAACCACAGAAAUACAUUGCAAAAGAUUUGAGAUCAAAAAGCGAGAUGGAAAAAUCAAUCAAUACUUUUGUUAAGACAGAAGAUCCCAUCAAGAAGUUUGAGCCUGAACUAGCAGUAAAUAAUGGCAGGAUUUCCUAUAGGUUUCAGUGGAAAACAGAAGGCCUUUUCAUGUGCAGCGCAACUGGGCUAGUGUUUGGAUUGAAAGGAAGUGGAUGUUUAGAGUACAGUGUGGCUCACUGGGAGAUGCGUCACCUCAUCAACACUCACUAUGAGCCUGCUGGACCUCUGUUUGAUAUCAAAACCCCUACAGGAGAAAUCUAUGAGCUUCACCUUCCACACUGUGAGACAAACGUUGAUGCAAUUGGAAAUCUUUCUGUUGUCCAUAUACACGAGGACACUCGGGAAUUCCUCUCUCCAAAUAAAAUUUCAAGAACGCAUAUAGCUGUAAAUAUCUGUAGGUUAUCUGAGCUUGGCAUUGCGCAAGAGAAUAAUAAAAAUAACAAAAUCAUCAAUGGCCAGGUGCUGCUGUUCCAGGAACCUUAUAUAUCACAGACACAGCAAAGGCUAUGGGUUUUUCUAUUGCCAAGUAAUGUUCCACUCUCCGAGAUUAAAGAACAGCAACAAGAGUAUGUGUUCAUCCAAACCAGCUCUGACUGCAAACUACAGAUAAAUGCAAAGUAUGCUCUGAUCUCAAAAAAAGCCAAAAGAGUCCAACCAAAGGAAAAAUUAUUUGAACCCUUGCACGCUGGUAAUCACCAUCCUACAUUUGAGGUCUUCUUAGAUAAAGAUGUGACUGAACUGCGAAUUAAAAUUCAGCGUAAAAUAAAGGAAAGUGAUAUGAUUAAUUUCAAAAAUGCAUGGAAGCGUUGGAUAAUUCUCAAGAAAAACACAGAUAAUCACGCACAAAUGAGAUCUGAAGAACAUUCUAACAUUCAAGUGAGCUGUAAUACCUGGAUAUCUGCUCUUGGUGAAAUCAUGGAGGAUCUUACAAGUGGGGAGUUCAAGAAUCUGAAGCAUCUAAUGAAGCACACUGGGAAAAGAGAUCCCAUUCGUUCAGUGAAACUCGAAGAAGCAAAAGACAGGUGUGAGUUGGUGACUUUGGUUGUUGAGACAUGGGGAUUCGAAGAAUCAGUGAAAGCCAUACAUGAGUUCAUGAAGAAGCUGCCUCGCAAUGAUGAAUUUGUGACAGACCGACUAAAGCCAUAUGCGACACGGUUUGGCCUUGAGGGUUAGAGCAUAUCGCAGACUUUUCAAUCAUUUUGUAGACAGA